GUUCGAGUUUAAAGCACGUGCUUGCGAACGCCGCUUUAUCUCCCUAGGUAGCGCCACGGGCUCAGUAUACAAAAUGGCGACUAUGCAGCAGAAAGCGUUUUGUGUGUAAGAAUACGCGCGAUGUUUAUCGGUUGUUACAGUGCAACGUGCAUUCCGACAGCGGUCAUCAGAGCAUUCUACGAUGGUAUCGACAACUCAAGAAGACAGGUUUCAUUCCUAAACGUAAAAGUACCGGAAGACCACGAGUUCCUGACGAAAUGGUGGAUGCAGUUAGACACAGUUUCACGCGUUCUCCGCGAAAGUCCACUAGCAGAGCAGGAAGUGAACUUAGUAUUCCACAGCCAACCUUAUGGAACAGAUGCUACAAAGCUUACGACCUGACGACCACGUAAAGCGACUUGAUUAUUCUUCUAAAAUGCAGGAGGAAAUGGAAGACGACGAAUUUGCUAACUGUCUGGUAUUCAGCGACGAAGCGACAUUUCAUUUAAGUGGAAGGGUGAACCGUCAUAACAUUCGGAUACGGGGCACGGAAAAUCCUCAUAUGAUUGUGCAACCUGAAAGGGAUUCUCCAAAAUUGAAUGUCUUCUGUGCAAUCGGUAUCCAAAAAUAAAGUGUACGGGCCUUUUUCUUUCAUGAAAACACUGUGAACGG